AUGUCGGUGGAAAAAGACAUAAUUAAAAUACAACACAAACUUCAGAACAUGUCUGACGAAAAUGCUGACCAAAGUCAAGCUCUAGAAUUGUUGAAAGCUCUUAAGGAUUUGCCGAUCACCUUGGACAUACUUACAAAAACUCGAGUGGGUAUGACUGUCAACUCAUUUCGAAAAAGCUGCAAAGAUGAAGAAGUAAUUACGUUUUCGAAAGCGUUGAUUAAAAAUUGGAAAAAAUUAUUGAACGGUGACAAAUCUGUACCUCAAGAACCAAAAAAAGAAAAAAAAGAGCGAAAAAAAUCUGAGGAAAAAGAACAAAAAAUAGAGACUAAAAAAGAUACGCCUAAACCAGUGGUGUUCCCUACGCCAUCAACAACAGAUGCAGUUCGUCUUAAAUGUCGUGAUUUACUUAUCACUGCUUUGAAAACUGAAGAUGAACUUGGUGGUUGCGCAUCAAUCGAAGAACUUGCUGAUGAACUUGAAGAUGCCAUUUAUUCGGAAUUUAAAAACACUGAUGCUCGUUAUAAGAAUAGAAUAAGAAGUAGAUAUUCCAAUUUAAAAGAUGCUAAAAAUCCACAACUCAGAAGUAACUUUAUUGCUGGAGCUAUUACUCCUGCCCAACUAGCUAAAAUGACUGCCGAAGAGAUGGCUAGUGAUGAGAUGAGGACUUUAAGAAAUAGACUCAUAAAAGAAUCUAUAGAUGAUGCUCAAUUGGCAACUGUACAGGGAACUAAAACAGACUUAUUGAAGUGUGGUAAAUGUAAGAAACGAAAUUGCACCUAUAACCAAAUCCAAACUAGAAGUGCUGAUGAACCAAUGACAACAUUUGUCAUGUGCAAUGAAUGUGGUAAUCGAUGGAAAUUUUGUUAG